CCCAACCCCCUUCUUCUUCUUCUUCUUCUUUGCUUUAGAGCGAGAGUGAUCCAGUUCUUGAAGUUCUUCAGCUCAGCGAGAGAGAGAGAGAGAGAGAGAGAGAGAGAGAGAGGUUUGAUGUUGGUUCUUGAUCUGGAGAAGAGGAGAAGAAGGUAGGGGAGAGAUGGGAAGGGGGGAGAGAUGGUUGAGUGGAUUCAGAAGUUGGAUCUAUUGGAGGUGUUUCUUGUUGAUACCGAGUGAGUAGUGGGAUAUGCUGAUUUGAUUUGGUGAGGGAUCUGAUGAUAUGAUCUUGAUUUAUUUGGAUGUUUUUGUUGUUCUGCUGGAAAUUUGUUCUGGCUUUUCUGUUUUUCUUUUGGGUGUUUUUUGCAGGUGAUUCUUGAGAUGAGGUACUAUUUGCGUUUGGUUGCAGAUUUGGAGUGCGGGUGUUUGCUUUUUGUGGAGGAUUUGAAGGCUAAGUGAUUGUAAAUUUGUUUGUUUUUGGCCGUCUAUGAUUAAUUUGGAUCCAAAAAUGGAGACUUGUUCAUCCGGAGAGGACUUUGUGAUGAAGGCAAGGAAGCCUUACACGAUCACGAAGCAGAGGGAGAGAUGGACGGAGGAGGAGCACAGCAGAUUCCUUGAAGCUUUGAAGUUGUAUGGGAGGGCAUGGCAGCGCAUAGAAGAGCAUAUUGGCACCAAGACCGCUGUCCAGAUUCGUAGCCAUGCACAGAAGUUCUUCUCAAAGUUGGCUGACAAUUCUACUGCAGCUGGAAAAAGAAGCUCUUCUGAAAGGGAUUCCCUUGGGUCAAGCUCAUGACAUAGAUAUCCCUCCUCCACGACCCAAAAGGAAACCAAGCAACCCAUAUCCUCGAAAGACAGGGCCGGGUUCUUUAUCUUCAUCUGCAGAAAUGAAAGAUGAGAAAGUGUCAAAAUCACACCCUCUGAGAACCACUUCACAAUGUUUGGGCAAUGACAAGAUAACAUCCAAAGAGAAAUCUGGUGCACUGGAAACACACGGAAGAAAAGAAACUUCUGAAGCUGGCAGCUGCUCAGAACAUAAUCUCUUCCAGGAUGUGCCAUUUGCUCCUAUGUCAUCUGUACAUAGACAGUGCUCAAAACCUAGUUCAUUCAGGGAAUUUGUCCCUACGGUGGGGAAAACUGAAGAGAAGACCCCAAUGUCAAAAGGAAAUGAGGAGCCCAAAUCAAAUGUUGUAGCCAACUAUGAAAAGAAAGGAGUGUGUGGAACCCUGCAGGUGGCACCUGCUAUAGAAGAGAACACAAACAUGUCGGAGAAACCAGAGAAUUGGCAAGGUUUCCAUAGCUAUCAGAAACAUGUUAGUAUGCCAUUGAAAGAAAGCACCAGCGCAAAAAGCACAGAAACUGAGCUGUCCGACGGGAAGAUCCCCGCCCCAGUAGCUCUCAAUCCUGGGGUUCAACCUAAUGUUAGUCCAUUCAUAACUUCCAUGGGAACUGCAAUACCAGAAUAUUCCAACCCUGGGACAUCUGCUAUUCCUCAGCCAGUUCCUUCAUUUACACCUUAUGCUCUAUUUGGUACUAAUCAAGAUGUUGCUUAUAGAUCAUUCAUGAAUUUCUCAUCAACAUUUUCAAGCCUUAUUGUCUCCACCUUGUUGCAAAAUCCAGCAGUUCAUGCAGCAGCUUGUAUGGCUGCAUCAUUCUGGCCACAUGCAGACAUUGAUACGGUCGGUAAUACAACUUCAGAAGUAUUGGAUGGGGAAGCUCCAGCUCCAGCAAGUCAGAUGAAUUCCACUCCAAACAUAGCAGCCAUUGCCACUGCCACAGUUGCAGCUGCUGCAGCAUGGUGGACUACUCAUGGAUUAUUGCCAUUUUUCCCUCAUCAUCUUCAAGCUGACUUUCCAUUUGCUCCAACCACCACAGCAACAGUACCACCAACUGAUAUGGCCCAAGCUCCAGGUAUUGACAAAAGAAACGAGACAGUUAGACCUCCCGCAGAAGAUCAGAAACUUGUGAGCACUGAACUUUCUGGCCUUCCAGCGAAAAAUCUUUCACUGGAAUCAUCGGCAUCCUCAGACUUGGAUGAGAGUGAGCUAGGUGAAAAGUUACAAUGCAAUAGUGAUCAGAAAUUACUUGGCACGGAUAAUGGGAGCAAGAAUAAAGCUGAUCGUUCGUCCUGCAGCUCCAACACACCUUCCAGCAGCGAAGUAGAAUUAGUGAAUGCAAUGGAGAAGCAAUCUGAACCCAAAGAUGCUAAGCAGGUACAUUCAAGCUGUCCAUCCAGUGAGACUAACCAUCGCCGAGCCAGAGGCAGUGGAACCACAUAUGAAGCUUGGAAGGAGGUCUCUGAAGAGGGUCGCCUUGCCUUCCAAGCCCUCUUCACUCGAGCAGUCUUACCACAGAGCUUCUCACCUCCACACCGGGAUGAUAAUGGAGCUGCUACAAUGGCAGUAGAUCUCAACAGCAUUGCAUGUUCCCCAACUGAUAUGAUGCAUCACUCUGAAGAAUUACCUAAGGAAGACCAUUCAGCAAUGAAACAAAACGGCGACACAGAUAAAGGUUGUUGCUUGAUGAAUAAACUUGCAUACGCAAAACUCAAAGCUCGUCGAACAGGAUUCAAACCUUACAAGAGGUGCUCCAUGGAGGUCAAGGAGAACAGGGUUGUACCCAAUGAAGAUAAUGUUAAUAAGAGAAUGAGACUGGACGGAGAACACGGUUCAACCUGAUUUAAUAGUAUAGUAUUUCAUGCACUUGCAAUAAUUAGUGAUUCUCCGCUUGCAAAAUCAACUCUUGUCUGAAGGCUCAUAUAUGACUUUUGAAACCUGUUUAAACACUAUUAGCUUCUGCUAUUGCUGCAAAUACUACUCUCUCAUGACUUGUUUUAAUUUCGGUAUCUAAUUGGAAGCAGUUUGUCAGGCCUUGGACAA